UUUCAUUUAGAUUACUCGAAUAAAUAUAAAUGAAUGAGGCCUUGUUUUAAAAUAAUUUUUUCAAUUAGCAACAAAUUUGUGAAUACUUUGGAAAUGUGUUUAUAUAUUAAUUAUGAUAGGUGUAAUUAGCAACUGAUUAUUAGGGUUAGAUUGUGUUGGUGUUUUGUAAUGGUGAAAUAAUAACAUAUCAAUUGAUAUAGGAGAAUUGGAUAAGAACGUCGAUAUUGAGAUUGAUUCCCUAAACAACAGUAAUCUAACAAAUUGAUUAUAAUUUGCAAUUAAAUGGAAAUGGUCGUAGGUUUUUUCUUUUACAAGUUGAUCAAAGAUAUGAAUAAAGAAUAUAGAUAUGGAAUCGACGUUGUAAUAGUAAUUGGACAUUCCAAUAGAGUUUAAAAUUAUAUUCUCAUAGCAGUUUUUUGUAAAUAAAUUUAUGUGGAAACAUUAUAAUGGUUAAUCAUUUGAAAACAAUCAUACUUUGGGAAUACAAUUAACUAUAAACAAAAUUAAAUCGUGUAUAAUCAUUGUAAUUGGAUGCAAGUGUUGCUUAAUUUAAUGAAAAUGAUAGUGUGAUGGCAGCAAAAGUAAAAUCACAUAUAAUUUUAUCAAAAAGAUUAAAUCAUUUAUGGACUAAGUAUUAGAGUAUAAAGGUUGAGUAGGAAUGUUUUAUGUAAUUCUUUAAGAAUAGAUUAAUUGUAUUAUCUAUAUAUGAAUUAUUUAUGUAUAAGAUGGAUGAGUAAUUUCAUUUUUAGAUUGAAAAAUAAAUAAUAUCAGGAUUGUUCAUAAAAGAACCAUAGCAAUGUUUGUUUAUGGGAUCAGUAAUAAUGUUUUUGUAGCCUUCUUUGGAGGUAGAAUGUUGGAAAUAUGAAAACAAUGUGUGGUUAAAGGAUAAGAACUAUUUUACCUAAAAAUUUGAAGCACAUUAGAUUAUGUAAUCGAAAGACAAUAAGAAGUUAUUUAUAUAUAGAAAGAAAUAUGGAGGAAUGGUAUUUGAGAAGAGAAAUGAAAUAAAAGAGAGAAAUAAGCAAUGAGUAUUUAG